UUGGACGUGGCACGGCCCGCUCCCGGCUCGGUCCCGGCACUGUGUAGCCUGAAUCAUCCUUUAAGGUUAAGGAUAUCGUCCGGAAUGAGAAGGAAGUGUUCGCAUCCGGAGACAAAAGGAUCAUCAAGCAAUAUAUGUCUCAAGUGAAAUUUUGCAGAAGAAUAAAUAUAUUUCAAAUAAUCGCAAUAGUAUCAGCGAUAGGGAACUUUGCUUACAUCACGUUCGUAGAAUAUUCAAGCAAAGGUUUAGAGGCAUUUCGUGAUAAAGCGUUUAUGCACGACAUUUGGUAUCCUUUUGAAUGGGAACGGCACAUGAACGUCGUGAUAUUCCUGCAAAUGUACUAUUUAAUUAUCGGGGGGAGUAUUAAUGUCGCUAGCUUAACUACGCUGGUUGUUUUAAUAUCUUAUGGCGCUAUCAAGCUACGACUAUUGCAAAUCAAGAUAAAAGAUAUCAAAAAUAACUCGCACGAAACGCAAGUGAAAAAUCUUCUAAAAGAACAUCAGUACAUUAUCAGCUUUAUGCACUCUUUAAACGAAAAAACCAAAUAUGUGAUGCUUAUGGAGUUUUGUUUGAAUUCUAUUAAUUUGGCUAUAGCGGUGAUGCAAGGACUGAUGGCAAAGGAUCUGGCCUCCUUAGCAUACUCCGCGUCACUCUUAUUCUUGGUGGUUCUUCAAGUAUUCAUCAUCGCGUGGGUUUCAAAUGAUAUUAAGAUUCAAAGCUUAGCGAUAGGCGAUGCCAUCUAUAAUUGCAAAUGGUACGACCAAAGUAGAUCUAUUAAGGAUCUGUUGAGACUCGUGAUUGUAAGAGCCCAGACGCCUUUGCUGCUUACCAUAGGACCCUUUGGGCCUAUGACCAACGAAACUGCCUUAACGAUGGUCAAAGCUGCUUAUACUUAUCUUACUGUCAUGAGAAAUUUCUACAAAUAAUGCCUGUAAGUAGUCGUGUUUUUGCACCUGC